AUGUUGCAAGUGGAUGUCGAAAAUCAGGGCACCUCUUUUUUGUUAUCCGGACGUGUAACGAAUUUGACGACGUCCUGGUCCCCUGCAUCCAGAAUCCAUUUCGUCCACCUCACAAUUGAGGACGAAUUCAUUGGUGUUGACAUCGUCUUCCCGUCAUCACAGUUACGAAUGAUUGUUGAAUCUGUAUUCAGUCAUGCAGAUGUUGUCAAUGCUGACUAUAUGGCCCUUCUGAACAUGCUUGGAGAACAGACAUUUGAAGUCAUGGUCACAGUCGGUCCCUGGAACGAUGCAUUUGGUUAUUGUGAACUUGUGUUGGUGAAAUUAUUUUUGCCUUUGUUGAAUUGA